AUGGAAUCCAUUCUGGCUUCCUUGAAUGAGAAACAGCGAGAAUCGGCUGUUUUCGACCCGGCCCAAGCGCUCCAGGUGGUAGCGGGCCCCGGCACCGGCAAGACCAAGGUCCUCACUACCAGGGUUGCUUACCUGCUGCUCGAGAAAAAGAUCUUCCCAGGCAAUAUCAUCAUAACUACGUUUACCAAGAAGGCCACUCUCGAGAUGAUCGAGCGGCUCACCCGCUUGCUUGACGGCACGGGCAUCAACCCAAACGCGUUAUGGAUCGGAACCUUCCACUCCAUCUGCGCGCGUAUCCUCCGUCAACACGGUUGGAAGGUUGGUCUGCCCAAGGAUUGGCGUACUUUCUCCGACAGCGACACUGACCCCAUCGUUCAAAAACUCAUCGAAAAGAUGCCCGACCAGAUUCGCGACUACGCCCACAGUUACACCAGAAAGGCCAACCUUCUGAGGCCCAAUUCCAAGGGGAAUUGGGAAGUGCAUCCAAACUCUGUGAAGAAACUCAUCUCGUGGUUGAAAUCCCAAGCUAUCUUGGUCGACGAGUACAGGUCUCAGGACGACCACGACGCCGCCCUCCUGCAUUUCUACGAACAAUACCAAGCGGAGCUCAGCUCCCAACAUGCCCUGGAUUUUGACGACCUUCUAUUAUAUGCAUUCAAACUGCUGUCGCAGCAAAGAUGUCUCCCACAUAUCCAGCACGUUCUGGUCGACGAAUUUCAGGACACUAAUAGCAUUCAACUCGACCUCAUGUACCUUUUCGCACGAGGUAAUUCUACUCAAUCCCAAGGCAUAACGGUGGUAGGAGAUCCCGAUCAGAGUAUCUACGCGUUCAGGAAUGCCUUGGCCCGCAACUUUGAGGACAUGGUUACCAAAUGCCCCAUUCCUUGCUCCAAAAUCGUUUUGGUGGAAAACUACCGUUCUUCCCAGACUAUUCUAAAUACAAGCGAGACACUUAUCAGUCAACAGUUAACAGGUCGCGAACAUAGGCUCCCGCUUCGUGCGCAGUUUGACUGUGAGUUCCCUCCAGUGUACAUCGAGUUCCCAGCCAAGUUUCUAGAAGCCACCGCUCUGGCUCGCGAAAUUCUUUACUUACAUUGUUUGCCCGACAUGUGGAGUUUCAAAGAUUUCGCUAUUCUUGUGAGGCAUAGAAGACAAAUUAGACCCAUAGAAACUGCAUUAAUUGAACAUCGUAUACCUUACAAGAUUGUGAAAGGCCGCGCCUUUUGGCAGCUGCGAGAAAUUGAUGGAAUGAUGGAUUAUUUGAAAUGUGUUUAUUCCAAUUAUGAGAAAAACGCUAUUCUACGUGCUUUACAAUAUCCAGCGAGAGGUGUAGGUCCCGCGACCGUCACUAAAAUCGAAAGCAUCUUCGCGGAGUUUGAAUCCCCUUUUACAGCAUUGAAAAAUAUCUCUGAAAAUUCAAACAAUUACCAAUUCCCAUCCAAAAUAAUAAGUGUAAUUACAGAGUUUGUGGCACUGAUAGAAAGUUGUAGAGAUUUUUGCGCACGGGCGACAGAUUUAUCGAUACUGGGGGACGUUUUCGACCGACUUUACGAAGGUUCUGGUUUACGAUACGAAUACUUGUACCUUGACGGUAAGAAAAAAUCGGAAAUUGAUCCAAAAGCAGAACCUAAUGAGCUUAACAAAAGAAAUCUAAAUAUCAAAGUCUUACGGGAACACCUUACGAAUUUUAAGCCCAUAGACGAAGACUUGAGCCAAGUGGAAGAACCAUCUCAACACAAUGUUGUCGCUACUACUAAACUAAAAAUUAACAUCCAUGAUAUUCUUCGAGAGUUCAUCAAUUCAGUAAAUCUGUACUCCUCCGAAACUGAAAUUGACGAAGCUCAGAUGUCUGAAAAGGAACUUAAAAGAAAAAAGGAAAGAGAAAAGGCAGGAUUCGUAACCAUAUCUACUAUUCAUGGUGCAAAGGGUUUGGAGUGGCCUGUGGUAAUGAUACCAGGCUGUGUGGAAGGUGUAAUACCUUGCAUUUUUGGUGCAAAAGACGAUACAGACGACUCUGAUAGUGAUAGCGAUAUUGACGGAAGUUCUGGCGCCCCUAGUAGUCCGAAAAAGAAUAAAUCAAAGAAAAAAGACCCCUCAUUAGACGAAGAACGCAGAAUGUUUUUCGUUGCGCAGACAAGAGCCAAGUUUCUAUUGUACCUAAGCGCAACCAACUCAAAUUCUACUGAAUCCAGAUACGAUUCAUCCAUUCCUAGUCGCUUUUUAACAAAAGAAUUGAUCGGUACAAUGACGGAAGAGCAGCAGCUUUUUUCUAGCAAAAAUUCAAUAGAAAAGCUGUAUCGUCACUUAAGAAAACCACUUCCAUCUAUAAAUGGUCCAUUUUCACUGGAUGUCUUGGUCAAGGAUUAUGAACAGUUCAUCAAUGAAAGGAGAGAAAAAAUGAUUUGGAAAGGAAUCCCUGUUUUCGAUAGUGCUAGGUUAGACACUUCUGAAAAUACAAACUUAACACCAUCAAAAUUUGGUAUCACUACUGCAGCUGCACAGUUGAGGAACAACUCUCCUCAUCGCAGCCCAAUAAAGUCAUCACUGUCACGAGCUCCUUCAUUCAACAUGGAUAAUGAUUUGGGCAACGGUCGUUCAUCAAAUAGAACGGUUGCUCCUGCGUACCGGCCUUCGCGUAUAACAUCAAAUUGCAUUGCACCACCACGUAAGACAUUUGCCCCUAAGGUUUCAAGCGCAAGUCAUCCUCCUAGUCCGAAAGCCAAAUCAUUUGCACCAAAAAUAAACGAAGUUUCAUCUAAAUCUGAAGCCAAUUUAGCACCUGGUAGUGCUAAAAUGUCGCCUAGCCUAAAACAUCCAACUCAUGAUCGAAUUCCUAUACGGUUAACAAGUCCAACAAAGCCGCGAAACAAUCCGAGGCCGAGACGAAAAAUCGUUGCAGAUUCGAUACAAUUACAUGAUAUAUUAAAUGAAAGUGAUACGCAAGUUCAAACCACAAAGACGCGGCACAACAGCAAUAUCAUGAAAGAAGAAGAGGACUCUUCUUUGAUUGAUACUACCGCUGCCGAAUUAUUACACAAUCCUAGAGACUUGCAUAAUGAUAACAGACCUAUUCUCACGAACGCUAAGCUAUUAGCAGAUACGAUACGGAAACCAGGCGAAAAAAGAACAAGCACCAUUAAUAGCACUGGUAGAAAAAAAAUGAAAUCAGAGCCAUUAAGCGAAGGUUUCGACAUCAUGUCCCGUUUAUCUCAAGCGAAAAAGCGGGCAGACGAUGCAAAGGAUACUGUGAUCAUUAUAGACUAA